AUGGGCCAAUCUCAGUCUUCAGAGCCGCCUAAAGAGGUCCCGAUCGAACAACUGAGCCAUGAACUGGCACUUCGCUUUGCAGCCAAAAGCUUCACGCAUUUGGAAGUGACUCAUUACAAGGACAACUUCAAGGCUUUGGCCGACCACCAGGAAGACGUCGAGUACUGGAAGGAAGACACAUUGUGUCGAUUUCUCGCCUUGCCAGAAUCCCUACAGGCGGGUCCAGUCCUGUAUCAGAUGUGUAUCUAUCUUGGGGCAUUCCCAUUUCCCAGCCUUGCACCAUGUAUAUUGACACGGGAGGCGAUGUUGAAGGUCAUCACGAUUAUGACUGGUAGGUACAAGAAGAUUCUCAAACGAGGUGACCAGGACAAAGCCAAAUUACUUUUCCGAAGUCUUGCAGUCUUUGAUCGCACCGCCAGCCUUUCUUCUCCUUUGGAGAAGCCGAAGAUGGAUGAUAUCGUCAACGAGCAACUACCUGAUGAUAUGAAGGCGGAGAAAUCCAUCGGCUCACAUGUCUCUGGCUUUGCAAUUGACGAACCGGCCAAUGAUGACGAGGAAGAGGACGAAGAUGACCUUGCUCUCGCCGCACUUGACGCGUUAGAUGCCAUCGAAGUGUUCAAGCAGGAUCAAAAAGUUGACCGCAAGAUUCACCACUCGAUGAUUCCCAUAGAUAAUUUCAAGAAGCUGGUCAAGCUUCUCCUCCUUCUCGCAGGGAUGGAACCGUUGACUCCACUUGGCAUCUAUGGAGAGAGCCUCACACCAGCGAAGCUUCAAGCCCUUGACACAUCUGCCGACGCGAUUGUUGCAGCAUUUGAUCCCGACCCACAGACGAAAGGUAUCCGAUACUCCAAAUUUGUGCAAACCAUCACCUCCACACUCCCAGACCUGUUUGACCCGUUUAAUGCGCUCUUCGAGCAUUUCCUCUUCAGCAAGAACAUCAAUUUAUCCAAACACCGGGAUGCGUCUCUUGACCAAGAUGCCCCUAUCCCUAUAAGACCCUCACCUAUUCACAGAGGCUCAACCGACGAUGACGACAACAAAAACUCGAGCACCGACUCAACCGAUUCGAUUCUAAACGACACACUCCUCUCCCAGAUCUCCACGAGCCUCAACCUCACGACACCGAAUGGAGUCCAGUCCAAUAUAUUCACAUCAGGCGCCUGCUUCGACCAGCUCUACUCGACGUCCAGCCACGGCACCUCUCUCAGCUCCUUCUCCCGGCAGGUCCUGUCCUGGCGAGCAAGCACUAUGGUCCUCAUCACCGGGACCACGAGCGAGAGCCCCAGCCACACCAUCACAUUAGCAGCCUACAUCCCCGCCCGCUGGACAGACUCCUCCCAGUCAUACUCGCACUCCACGGCAACCAUCAGCGCCGACCCAUCAACCCCCAAAGCCAGCCUCUUGAUGCUCCACCCGCGCCAAGCCCUCUUUCCGGCGAACCCGUACAGCCACAACAUGCCGGUCAGCUACUUCAGCACGAAAAUCGGCAUCGCUCUGGGCUGCGUGAUACCCACGGCACAGUCGCGGACGGCCCAGCAUGCGACGCCACCGGUACUCGGCCCAGUGGCCGUCCUCAUCGACAGCGACCUCGAGACCUGUACGUUCCAGCACGACGGCUCGCAAGGCAGCGGCGCGUUCGUCACGGAUCCGGGUCUCGAGCGCUCACAGCAACUUCAAGCUCGGUCAACAUCGUCCCCCUCCACUAAAAUCCCGCCUUCCAUUCCGCGGAAAGUAAAAUUUGACAUUGACGCGCUGGAAGUGUGGGGCGUCUCGAUCCCAGAUCCGGCGUCGGCGGAGGAUGAGGUGACGAAGCGGCGGAAGCUGCUGGCGUGGGAGGAAGCGGAGGCGGCGAGGCGGCGAGGAAUCAAUUUCGGCGGUGACAAGGACGGCGCAAGGGCCCUGCUUGAGAUGGCGGGCAUUGUGGGCGAUCAGGGUAAUCGCAGUGGUGGGAGCGUGUAG